AUGGGGUCAGCUUGCUGUACAAAACAAUCAAUUGAAGUAUCACCUAAUCAUGAAGGAAAUCCGCUAAAUAAUUCAGCAUCUACACACUCUCUUAAUAACUCAGCUCGCAUAAACAUAAGUCAGUUCUUUCAAAACGAAGGCUCUGAUUCUACUUUUAUUGAAGCAAAUACUACGAGAAAUGGAAAAAUAAUGAAAUGAAGACGUGGAGAUCUAAUAGGCGAAGGAGCUUACGCAAAGGUGUAUCAAGGAAUGAACUUAGACACAGGAGAACUAAUGGCAGUUAAACACCUUGAGGUAAAAGCUUAAUCAGAUAACUGAAGACAUUAAGAAAAUUGAAAAAGAGUAUACCAAAUAUAAUAAAUAUUUAUAAUUUUAAUAGAAAUAUUAUUAUAUUAAAUAUUCAAAUAAAAUAGCUUAUCUCCACUUGAAAAAAGAAAUUUUGCUGUUAAGAUUGCUUGAUCACCCUAACAUUGUAAAAUAUUAUCAGACAGAUUUAUCAGAGGAUAUGACUCAGCUUGAUAUUAUUUUGGAAUAUGUGUCUGGAGGGUCUUUGAAGAAAAUUUUGCAAAGGUUUGGAGGACUUAGUGAAGAAAUUAUAAAGCAUUAUGGAAGACAACUGCUUGAUGGCUUAGCUUAUCUCCACGAUCAUCUCAUUAUUCACCGUGACUUAAAAUCUGCAAAUGUCUUAAUAACUUCUAAUGGCCAUGUAAAAUUAUCUGACUUCGGAUCAUCACGCCAAUUUGAAGAAUUAGGAACAAAACUUUCAAAAAGCCUAAAAGGCAGUCCAUACUGGAUGGCCCCAGAAAUCGUUAUGAGGGAAGGGCAUUCUUAUAGCGCUGAUAUUUGGUCUUUUGGAUGUUUACUAAUAGAAAUGGUGACUGGCCGUCCUCCGUGAUCAAAUUUUUCAAGGGAUGCUAAAGAAGUUUUGAAGCUAAUCUCAGUCCCUGAUAAUCUACCAACUAUGCCAAAGGUUACAAAUUCGUUAAGAGAUGCGAUUUUAAAGUGUUUAAAUAGAGAUCCUCAAUUAAGACCAACAGCAAGAGAAUUACUGGGACAUGAUUUUUUUAAAAUAGUUGAAGAAGAGACCAUUUCAACUGUCGCGCUUAGUAAACCUGGAAGUUUUGAUACCUCCAAAAAAGAAGGCUUGAUUCUUGAUUAA